CUUCUCGUAAUCAACAUUGACAUCGGAAAAAUUCGGAAAUCUUCAGGCCGAGAAAAAAUGGCGGCAAUCAGGACGAUGACGAAUAUGAUCCUUCGCCAAGUUAUCCAUCACCCGCUUCUCUUUCACUCAUCAUCUAAAACUCUUCAAUUCGUUUUGCCAUCCCUCCGUCGCACUCCCCGGAAUGUUCCGGUUCUCUCAAAUUCCCGAUUCGGAUCCUUCCGAUGUGCGGCGUCGACCUCCGGUGGAAGCGACGGUGACCGGAAAGUUUCGUCUCGGUUGUCUCAGGUGCAACAGAUGCUUCAUGAGGCAGAGGAGCGGGCUAAUUCCGCCGGCAAUGAGCCUAUUCCUCAAAUCACUCUAGACCAUGUUACACUUAACUUUGCUAGAAGCGGUGGUCCUGGAGGCCAGAACGUGAACAAAGUGAAUACCAAAGUAGAUAUGCGCUUCAAUGUGAAAAACGCAUACUGGCUAAGUGAUAGGAUCAGAGAGAAAAUCAUACAGACGGAGAAGAAUCGGAUCAACAAGGACGGAGAACUUGUGAUAUCUUCAACCAAAACCAGAACGCAGAAAGGCAACAUCGACGAUGCACUUGCUAAAUUACAGGCGAUAAUUGAUGCGGCUUCAUAUGUUCCACCACCACCAUCAGAAGAACAGAAGAAGAAAAUUGUUAAGCUGGCUGCAAAAGCUGACAAUAAACGACUUAAAAGCAAAAAAGUUAUUUCGGACAAGAAAGCUGCGAGAAGAGACCGUAGUAGUUGGGAUUAAACUUCAAACCAUACAUACAAAUGGAGUCAAGGUUGAUUCUAAAGCUUUAACUUAGAUGAUUAUUAUGUCAUUUCCUUGAAAUUCAAUGUAAUUGUAACACAACAAUCAAAUCUUCCAAUAAAUAUUGCAAUAUAUUGGGUUUUAUGUACAAAUCACUCUCAUACAAAUCAUAAAC